CCCCGUCUAGGUGCAGCUGCAGGUGUAGAUGCAGAUCCUCUGACCUGACAUUAGAAAACGCCUAGGCCGGGGGCGAUUUAGGGGGAGAAGGGUGGGAGUGGGAGUUCUGGAAGUUUUCUAUUAGUUAGAACACAGUACGUAUGAGAGUAUGAGAGGACGGGUAAUGACUCUUUUACUAUUUUACUUUAUUACAUAUGUUUUUGUUUUUCUAUUUCCAAAGAGAGAGAAAAAAAAGUUUUGGGUGGGAGGAAGAAUGGUUAGACAGCGCCAGCCGUAUGAUUUUUUUGGAUUUUUUAUUUUUUUCUACACUUCUUUCUUCGCGUUACAUUCGACUAAACAAAACCGUGUACUAUUACUUACAUACUUUCUGUCAAAAUACCCCCUUUUUCUUGGUACUUUAUUCACUGUAUUAUUACUAUUACUAUUAUUAGUGCCUGCUAUCGAAUUCGUUAUAGUACCGCCUACGAAUAGAUACCUAUCAUACCUGCCUUAGUAAUUAUCUACCUGACUUACUGCAGCUCUUGAUAUUGCCUAACGUAGGUAUGUAUAUGAUCGUCGUACAGUAAGGAGGAUGGCGCAAGGGCGACGAGCUGAGGUCUUACCCCGGGUGUAGGUAACGUUUUCUCUCCAGCUAAUAUACGAUUACCUUAUAAUACAUUAGGUAAGAGGUAUACAUCUCUACCGAGAUU